AUGGCUUCUCAGCUUGGCCCAAAAUCCGAGUUUACCUCAUCAGCGAGGAAUCAAUUCUUUGCAAAGCUCAAACCGGUCUGUGUAGAAAUUAGCAGACUUGCCCUCCAAGGCAGCAAGGGCCAGGACAAGACCGUCGUUGCCAAGCGGCUGCAAGAGCUGCUUACCCAGCUCAAUGGCGUCCUGGAGGACCAGAUCCAGUACGAUGCCACAGUGCUCGACAACAAGAUAGCAGACUAUGUCUUCUUCCCGCUGUCACAUCUGUUGCGUCAGCAUGAGACAUAUCCCAUCCGGCUGAUCGAGACCGUCAUCAAGUCACUCCGUCUCCUGAUCCAGCACGGCUGGAAGACCAGGAUCUCAAAGGAACUCUCGCAGCAGCUCCUCAUCCUCCUGACCUUCAUCGUCGGCGGCGUGCCGGGCAGGGAGCAAAGCCAUCCUGUCAAGCCCGAGGAGACCGUUCUGGAGGGCUACAAAGCUCUGACGGCGCUGAUCAAGGCAGCAGGGCUAUCGGCCAAAGACUCCCCGUUGACGGACACCGACAUCAUCCCGUCAUUUGGGCAUUCCGUGUCGGUCAUAAUGGACGGCGUGACCGGCGGGAGCACCCCUGAGAUCCAGGUCGAAGCGCUGCGUGCCGUGCUCGCCGUAUAUACGACCAUUAAACAGGACGAUGUGCUGGCUACCUUCUUCCCCGGAACCGUGUCCUCGCUGACCCGUGUCCUCUCCCCACCUUUAUCAACCAGAGCGCAGAGGCGGGUGCUCGUCAAUUCCAUCAACGUCCUGAGGACCGUGCUCACGAAAGUCCUUGGGGACCUCAAAUUACGGAAUUUGCUACGGCAGACGGAGAGGAAUACCUCCAAUCCUGACGAGACCGUAGAGGACGAGAAGGGCGAAGGAAAGGUCCUCACGGCUUCGUGGCUGAGAGCCACAGCUGCUCAAGUCAAGACAGCCUUGUCUACUGUUCUUAAGCUGAGAAAUCAUGGCGAGUCAGAUGUCCUGAGAUCCAUGGAUCGACUCUGCAUCACACUCUUAGACGAGUGUCAUUCGACCUUGUCCGAUUGUACACCAAUGCUCGCCGAGAGUGCCAUCAUGCUCCGGGAAGAACACAGUGAACAGCCCAGUCUCGGCAUCGAUGUCCUUGGAGAUGAGAGGACGGGGUUUUACGGUACUUCGUUACAGGACCUGGCGACAAUUUAUCCUGAACUGUUGGAUUCUAUCAAAGCCACCGUGUAUAGCUGGAUCACGGGCAUGCCGCGCGUGAUGCAGUCUAGCGAUGAGCGGGUGAAGCAGCAAGCCAUCCGCAACAUAAUCAAAGGAAACGAGCUGGUUUCAGCACUACAAAUUCAGUCCUCGAAUCUACAGGAGUCGCUUUCCUCAGCCCUGAGGGACAGUGUUGUGUCCCUGAUUCUAAACUCAAAGAACCCCAAGGUCCAGAAUGAAGUCGAUAUAGAUGGAAACCUGUGGCGAAGUACAGGCAUGGUAGAGCCAAGCAAGGAGCUACAAACAUACCGGCCUAUCCUACUACCUCAAGAAAGCCAGCGGGAUACAAGGAAAGACGUUGCGAAUCUCAUACAGAACAUCGGUUCGUCUUCACAACAGAUCAAACUAGCAAAUGAAAUGCUCCCCUUCAUCCUCGAUUCCACUGGAGUUGACCAGAUCUCUGCCUUCUGGCUAUCUUUUGAGCUCCUCAAGUCCUCGUUCGCCAAGACCUCUGAUGUCGACGACUUGCUGGACCUUACGGACGCAGCGCCAGAUCCAUCUUCGCCUGAAGAUGCAGAAUCCGUCUUCGAUGAGCUCUAUUCCUUUUCCGUCUCCAUACUCGACGCACACUCUGACGCGGCCAUCGACGAGGUGGACUGGCGCCUCGAGGCCAUCGCAUUGGAAGUCACCGCCUUCGCCGGCCACCGUCUCGGCCCUUCCUUCCGCCCAGAACUCAUAGACGUCGUCUACCCCGUGGCGACCUUCCUGGGUUCUCCAACACCGGAGCUCAAAGGCCACGCGAUCGCGACGCUGAACAGCCUCGCUUCCUCGUGCAGGUACGGCAGCGUGUCCGAACUCAUCAUCGACAAUGUGGACUACAUGGUAAACUCGGUGUCGCUUCGGCUGAACCAAUUCGACAUCUCGCCUGCAUCAACAAAGGUGCUUACGAUGAUGAUCCGCCUGACAGGUCCGAGCCUUUUACCCUUCCUGGACGACGUGGUCGCUGGCAUUUUUGCCGCUCUAGACAGUUACCAUGGCUAUUCUGCAUUCGUCGAGAGUCUAUUUGGGGUGUUGUCGGAGGUGGUCGAGCAAGGCGUCAAGUCCGACAGGCUGCUCAUCGAAGACGGAAAGGCCAAGGCUGUGAGUCACAGAAAACGGCCGCUUGAAUCCUCGGGUAUCGAGGAUACGCUUGCCGUCCUGGACAGACGAGCGAGGAGGAAGCGGGAACAAGAAGAAGAGGAGGGCGUGGAAGAAGUUAUACGCGAUCACCCUAGAGAAGCGUGGAAGUCUGCAAAAGACGAGCUCGAUGCUUUCGAGUCCAGAGAAAAUGGCGAGGACGACUCUGAAGAUCCUGCUCCCAACAAUGACGAGCAAGUGGCUCCACCUAAAACUCCUACAUACACCAUCCUCACCAAAAUCACCUCUCUCACGCAGCAUUACCUCACCUCACCUACGCCGACUUUACGGAAACAGCUACUCGACCUGCUCUCGAAAGUAUCAUCAGCGCUGUCGCUGGACGAGAAUGCCUUCCUCCCAAUCGUCAACGAUGUCUGGCCUGUCAUUGUGAGCAGGCUCUACGACCCGGAGCCGUACGUUGUCAUAUCGGCGUGCGGCACACUGGCCGCACUUUGCGAAAGCGCAGGUGAUUUCCUGGGCACGCGGGUCAAGACAGAGUGGUCGGACGGGUUAGGGAAGUGGUGCUUCAGGAUGAAGGACGAGGCGCGGAAGAGCAGCGGGAGUGGAGGCGGUGUGAGCAAGGCUAAGCCGUCGGGGGGCAGCAUGCCGGGCAGACAGCACAAGACCGGCGGCGAGAACGGCAUCUUGAUACCUGUGCAUGGAGGAGGGGAAAUUACUGGCUCGGGCUUGCAACUCGAUGCGCCAUCAUCUCGCACGGUGUCAAGCGGUCUCGGCAGGUUCGCAUCGGCGGCGCAGACUUGGAACGCAACGGUAUCGCUCCUCGUCGCGAUAGUAUCAUUUGUGCGGAUCGACGACGACAUCUUCGAGCAGAUUCUGGAUCUGCUAGCCGACAACGUGCUACCGCGAAAUGAGGAGGCCCUCAGGGCUCUGGAAGUUGUCAAUGCUGACGCGGUUUGGCUUGCUCUGUACGAGAGGAAUAUUGUCGAGCCACGGCCAACCCCGACCAUGGAAGGCGUGCGCUUCGCGCGGAUGGAGAAGGCUGGAGGCUGA